AUGUUGAAAAUGUCAGAGGUUGAACGAAUUCCAGUUCACGGAAGAUUUCCUCCAAAUGCAUUUAGACAGAGGGUAGAACGAAGAAGAAGUCGUAUAGGAGCUCAAAGAUUAGAAAAGGCUCGAAAAACGGAGAAACCAGAAGAUUUCGUAACGUAUGAAGAAUCAGAAGAAGAAGAUUUAGGGGUGAUUGGAGAGAAAAGAUUUUUGAAUACUUCUUAUAACUUUAUUGAUUAUGUUAGAUCAAGGGAAAUGGGAAUGCGUGAACGUCGUUCAGUAAAUUAUGAUUUUCUUUCUCGUCAUAUAUUAAGUCAUGAAAUGUUUAAAGAGCACCCAAUUCCUUUAAACAAUAUAAAUAAAAUAUUUUGCUCUCAAUGGUUAUCUGAUAGACAAGUCCUUUUUGGAACAAAAUGUAAUAAGCUUAUGGUUUAUGAUGUAAUAACUCAAAAAUUAGACCAAAUUCCUUUGCUUUGUGAACCUAAUUCAUCUGGGAUUUCUCAAGAUCAACAAUGUGGUAUACACACUGCUCAAAUCAAUCCAUCUAGGUCUUUACUAGCAACUGGAGCUAGAAAUUCCAGUGAUAUUGCAAUUUAUAGAUUGCCAACGAUGGAUCCAGUUUGUAUCGGAGAUUCACAUAAAGAUUGGGUUUUUGAUGUUUGUUGGCUGGAUGAUCAAUUUUUAGUUUCCGGAUCCAAAGAUAGUAAAAUGGGACUGUGGAAAAUAACUGAUGACUAUAAUGAUAGGAACAAAUUGGAAACAUUAAAUUAUAAAUGUAUAGAAGCAAUUAGUCUUAAAGUAUGUAAAUCAGCUCAAAGAGUUAGGGCAGUUGCUUUUAAUCCUGAAUUUAGAGAAAUAGCAGCUUUGUCAUUAAAUGGUUUUAUCCACAUAUGGAAUGCCGAGACAUUCAGACAGACACAUUCUAGAAAAUUGCCUUCAUCUCAAGAAAAUGUUUGUUUAGCUGUUAAAAAAGGUGGUCUGUACGGAAUAGGUUGCAGAUCAUACACAUUAUUAUUAGAUCCUAGAACGUUACAUCCAAUAAAAAAAAUUUCGGCUAAAUUUAGCGGAUGUGGGAUUCGUUCGGCAAGUUUUCAAGGAGAUAUAUUGACAAUUGGCACUGGUGUUUCAAUAUUAAUGUUUUACGACCUCAGAGCACACAAAUAUUUAGAAUCUAGUAUUAAUUCUAGUCGUACGGUUAAUUUAAAAUCCUCGAAGGGUUACUUUCCGGAUGAGCAAUUUAUGGAUGGGAUUCAAGUGAAAUACACACCUGCUAUUUAUACUCAUUGCUACGAUUUCACCGGAACAAGACUCUUUGCGGCUGGGGGACCACUUCCGGCAAACUUAUAUGGAAAUUACGCAGGGGUUUGGCAAUAA